AUGGCACCAAUUGCUCUAGACGAAACCAGUCAGUCCCAGACUACAAGUCCUCAAGUUCUGGUUAAGCCAUGGAGUCGUCCACAAGAGACCAAAGAACCACUUGACUGGGCACCGCUGGCGACAAUUGAUUUAUCACGUUUCGAUGAGCCUGGUGGAAAGCAGGAACUCGCCGCCCAGCUGUACGAUGCAGUGACUCGUGUCGGCUUCUGGGUUGUCACUAACACUGGCAUUGACGACGAGCGUGUGCUGCGGCAAUUCAGCAUUGGAAACACUUUCUUUAAAGAACCUCUGGAGGAGAAGAGGUUCUUCAAGUGUAACUUUGCCGAGGGCGAGUAUUUCGGCUAUCGUGAGAAUGAAAGGUGGAUCGGGGAUACUGGUGUCAAGGAGAAUAUUGAAAUGCUCAACAUCCAUAAAGACAUUCCCGCCCACGCCAAUGUUCCAAAGCACAAAAUCGUACAAAAUAAUUGGGACGAGAUUCGAGCAUUCCACCGUGAUGUGUUUGAGAAGGUUGCUCGAAAGCUUUUUGUGUUGAUGUCCAUCAUCCUAGAGUUACCGGAGGACUAUCUUACCAAUGCACAUGCGUACGAUGAGCUUUCCGACGACCAUCUCCGAUACAUGAUCUACAAUGUCCGAACUCAGGAGGAAUGGGACAAGGCCCAAGCAUAUUCCAAGGGCGGACAUACCGAUUUUGGGAGCCUGACUCUACUUUUUAGCCAACACGUGGCUGGCUUGCAAAUUCGAACGCCUGAAGGCGAAUGGAAAUAUGUUAAGCCCGUCGAAGGGGGCAUUACCUGUAAUGCUGCUGAUACUUUAACAUUCUUGACUAAUGGCUUCAUUAAAUCCACCAUCCAUAGAGUUGUAACACCACCAAAGGACCAACUGAACAUCAACCGCCUGGGACUUUUAUACUUCAGCCGUCCCGGAGACAGCACGCCCAUGAGGACAGUGCCCUCACCACUCCUUGACCGUCUCGGACUGAUCAAGGAAGAAGACAAGGAUCUCACGAGGCCAGUACCCACUGGCACUGAAUAUGUCCGUGCUAGAGUCAAGGACGUCCACCAUAAGACGGUGUUGGAUAAGCGGGCAGGCACGCAGUUUGAGUUCAAGGGGUUAAAGGUCGAGAACCACUAUGAAUGA